AUGGAAACUGAAUCAUUCAAACUUGGUGUUCAAGUAGACGCUACGUCUCAAGCACCGUUAUUAGGGUUCUUAAGCACCGUAAUCAUCACGGUAGACAGAGAGUUCGAGGAGUUUCUCAUAGACGAGAACGAUGAUGAUCAUAGCAUCAAGAGUCUCGGGUCUUACCCUGAUUCUUCUUCUACUCCCGACUCACUAUUCAUUCUGAAACUCCGAACCAUGGAACCAGAAGACGUCUUACUAACCCUCAAAACCCAACUCCACGAUGAUCUCUUGUCCGGACACGUAGGUGAUGAGAUUGUAGUCAAAGCCCAACAGAUAAGAAGCAAAAGCUCUGACUUGCGCAGCACACAACAACCUUUGUUCAUGAUAGUCUCUGUCAAACUGACACAGAAGGUGUACGACGUUGUGCCUCGUUGUUCUGCUCCGUCGUUGGAUACAGAUUUGGAGACUUGUGCCAUCUGUUUGGAGGAUUUGUCUGGAUCCGAGGAGUACUGCCAGAUGCCUAACUGCUCGCAUUGUUAUCAUGAAGAUUGUGUCACUGAGUGGACUAAACGACAUAACGACUCAUGUCCUCUCUGCCGCAAACAAUUCUACUAG